UUUUCAAGUACAUUCUGGGUGUUUUAUUCAGCGAAAAAGAGUUUUGAGUUGGUCAAUGAUAAUGUUUUUAGUAUUCUAUCAGUCAUUAUUGUGUGAGAGUUUGCAGAUAUAGAUAUGAUGUAGAUAUUUCAUAUUUUGACUUUUGUAGAUAAUGUAUUUUAGCAACCUGCUUCUCUUGUUCAGUGCUCAAUCAUUAAUGGACUUUUGUCUCAAAGAGGUUUGCUUUGGAUAACAUUAAUGAACUUCAAAGAUAAGUCUACAGAAUUUCCUCUGAUAAGAAGUCACACCCAGUGUCCAGGUCUCCAUCCAAACCAAUCAGAUUCAACAGGCUCUCAGGUGAUUUCACCACUCUAACCUAUAAAAACAGAAAGUUCCCUUGACUUUCAUCAUUAGUCUGACCACAGAAGGUCCCUGGACAUCUUACCGGUCUUAUAUUGUCUGUCCACUCUUCAACUUGUGAGUCCUUCACCUUGCGAGCCGCAUUUCCAGAAGAACCUCCACAUUACAGAAACCAGGCCGUCACUGCUUUCUUGGUUUGUGUGUCUCUGGACUAUCAGUAAGGUUAUUAAAGAUGGCGACUUCACUCUAUCUCAUUGGCGGACAGGGAGGCUAUUCAUUUUCUUUACACGGCCUUGACAAUGGUGCCACCCUCAAGAAGAUUGGAGUGGCAGUGGCCGGCUGGCAGAUCAAAGCCGUGCGGGCUGAACUGACCGACGGGCGUGUGCAGACCUUUGGAAAUGCGCACACUUUCAGUGAGUUUACGUUCAAACUUGGCGAGCACAUCACCAAGCUGUCCCUGUGGGGGAACGGCUUCGGGACACGUCUAGGUGGCAUCAGGUUCUGGACGAGUUCUGGACGUGAGUUCUUCGCACACAUGACUGACUGGCCCCUGAAGACCGAGUACUCUAUCGACGUUGGGUCUGGAGUCUGCCUGGGGUUGGAGGGGAAAUCUGGCUCAGACAUCGACUCUAUGGGGUUCCUCUUCAUCAAUGCCAUCAAGUCUUCUGUGCUAACCAACAUGACCUAUCCCAGCCUGGCCAUGUACACACCCCAGGUCAACAAAGAAUACAUCAAAUCGGUGUCUUAUCACAACGGCACCACUGAGGCUCAAGAGCAGAAAUGUACGUACAGCAGAUCUGUGACCAAGUCUAAAACCUGGAGCACCACCACUAAGAUUGAGUCCACCGUCAGCAUGAGCGUUUCAGCAGGGAUCCCGGGUCUGGUGGAGGUGUCCAGUGGGUUUAGCUUGACCGUGGGAUCGGAGCAGACCUCCGCAAUGACCCAUACAGACACCAUAACGGAAUCAGAUGAGGUCAAUGUGAAGGUCCCGCCAGGAAAGACCGUGAGCGUUGAGUUGUCAGUGGGACGAGCAGUCAUCGACCUCCCCUACUCGGCCACCGUGAAAAUCACAUGCCUGAAUGGCAGCGAGCUGGCCUUCGCAUCCACUGGCAGCUACACUGGUGUGGCUUACACUGCAGUGAAUGUGAAAACCACUGAGUCUGAUAAAGUCAUGAAUGUUGAAUAAGAUGCAUCAACAUCUUACUGUGCACAGUUUUUACGUUGAUUGCAUAACAUUGGUUUGAUUGCUAAUGCAGAGCCAUGUGAACUUGCUGAGUGAAUGACUGUCACAGAUAAAUAAAUCAUCAAAAAAGUUGAAAUAA